UGAUGCGAUUAACGGCACAGACGGGCGGCGAGCCGAGACACAGCACGUUGCAGAGGGCCGUGCAUGCCCACCUGACAAGCACGACAGCCUGGGGAUAUAACCGCAGGGAUAUUCGGCUCACAUGGAGUGAGGGGCGGAACCAGAGGAUGUGACGUCCAGCUCGGAGAGGAGAUUGUACCAUACCAUCUCGUAAACGCUGCUCGUUAACGUUGAUGUUUGGUGGGGAUUACUGCAAGCAGCGGGAUGGCCGAUUGAGCGCAUACGGUGGGUUAAAGUGAACGGAAAGCGGAACAGCAGCAUUUAAGAGUCACAACACGGGGGCAAGGCACGCCUACAAUGGAUAUAACCUUUGUAUUAUUUGCUAUUAUUUCUACGCUUCUCGCCAUUGUGGUCGCAACGUCGCUUUUUAACGGCUCUUCGCCUGCAGCAGACUUUGCAAAUGCGCGGAGUUAUUUCGGACACAGAGAUGGUGUGACCGGAGGAUUAGAUCAAUCCGGGCCGAAACAGAAUGGCCAUCUACCCGAUAAGAAAAAGAAGAAGGAGGCGGACGACUGGUGCGAAAUCAGCGGGAGCUCACACGAUCACUGGGAUGUAGUGAAAUCUGUGCUUUCUGAGGAAGCACACUCCCACCCUCAAUCUGAAGAACUGGAAACCCUGGCUGAUUGGUCCAGGCCUGGAUCUAGGAAUACAAUCUUAGAGGCAGAGUCAUCAUCCAAUGCUUCAUCAGGGACAGGCCGAAGGUCGCUCAUUGGGCUUUCUGAUACAGAGCUCCUAAAGUGUGCUUUUUCUUACCCCCAAACUGAAGGAGCAUCAGAGAGAGCUGGGAUGAAUGCAGAAAAGGUGGAAUCAAAUGCAAAUAAUUCCUUGAAGUACGUCCCAGGAAAGGCACGAUCCCACCACUUGGAAAAGAUGAUGACCAAAGAGGAGCUGGAGGAGGAGCAGAGGAUAUACUUCACCACAAACUUUAACUGUCUGUAAUCCUGAAAAAGGAGCAAACUGGGGUGCAGCAUGAGCAACUGACUGCAAUCUUUCAGCUACUGAAAGAGAACAAGGAGACUUUUGGGGAGGUGUCAGAGGGAGACAUAGAGGAGCAGCUCCGACUCUACUCCAUCUGAGAGCCCUGUCGUGUCAUAGAUGCUCACUACAACCGUUUAUUCUUAAAAACUACUAAAAAACUUCUCCAGUACACCAAAUGAACUUUUUUGCAGUAUUCAACGUGGCUGGACAGUGCUCUCCCAAUUUUCUGAUUUAUUGUGUUUUACUGCUUGGAUUUUGUUGUUCUGACCACCUGUCAUCCACACGAAGGGAAAACCAAACUAGACUGGAUCAAUUCUCACACUGAGCAGGUUAAUAUAUGAAUGAAUCCUAAAAGAAAUUAAAGGAAUGCUGUUUAUUUUACUUUUAAAAUAUAUUGCAGAUAUAAGUGAUAUAAACUCUGAGUUAUGUUUGUUUCUGAAGUUGGUUGUCUAAUAAAACACAU